GUGACAGGCGAGGCGGCCCUGGCCAGCGCCGCGCAGCCCAAGCUGGGGAGCUGGAAGCCUGGGCGCAGAGCGCAGCUGCUCCGAGUAAGGCGAGGGAGGGCUCACAGCGGCUGCUCCGCAGCGGGACUCGCACACAGACGCGCAUCCUCUUCCUGAGCAGCACCCCCGCUCUCCCCCCGGCAGCACCAGCGCGAGGGGGGCUUGGAGCGAGACAAAGCAAAGAUGGCAGGGAUCCUAGCCUGGUUCUGGAACGAGCGGUUCUGGCUGCCGCACAAUGUCACCUGGGCCGAUCUGAAGAACACGGAGGAAGCCUCCUUCCCCCAGGCUGAGGAUCUGUACCUCGCCUUCCCCCUGGCCUUCUGCAUCUUCAUGAUCCGGCUGGUCUUCGAAAGGUUUAUAGCUAAACCCUGUGCCUUAGGUCUUAAAGUCCAGGCGAAUGGACCACAGAAAGCCCAACCUAAUGCAAUUCUGGAAAAAGUUUUCACUGCAAUUACAAAGCAUCCAGAUGAGAAGAGACUGGAAGGCCUCUCCAAGCAGCUGGACUGGGAUGUACGCAGUAUUCAGCGUUGGUUUCGACAAAGACGCAACCAGGAAAAGCCCAGCACUCUUACAAAGUUCUGUGAAAGCAUGUGGAGAUUUACAUUUUACCUUUAUAUAUUUACCUAUGGAGUCCGGUUCCUGAAAAAGACUCCCUGGCUCUGGAACACAAGGCAGUGCUGGAAUGGAUAUCCGUAUCAGCCACUGAUGCCUGACCUUCAUUACUACUACAUAGUCGAAUUGUCAUUCUAUUGGUCCUUAAUGUUUUCUCAGUUCACUGACAUCAAAAGAAAGGAUUUCAGCAUCAUGUUUACGCAUCACAUUGUAACAGUCAUUUUGAUAUCCUUUUCAUAUGUAACCAAUUUGACACGAGUGGGAUCCCUGACCUUGUGUCUUCAUGAUUCAGCUGACAUUUUGCUGGAGGCUGCCAAAAUGGCAAACUAUUGCAAGUGUCAAAAACUGAGUGACCUCCUGUUCCUUAUGUUUGCCAUUGUCUUCAUCAUCAGUAGGCUUGGCAUAUAUCCUUUGUGGAUAUUAAACACAAUGCUGUUUGAAUUAUAUGAAGCUCUGGGCAAUUUUCCUGCCCUGUGGUUCUUUAACAUAUUGCUCAUAGUACUUCAAGUCCUGCACUGUUUUUGGUCUUAUCUAAUCAUAAAAGCAGCGUAUAAAGCUAUCUCCAGAGGCAAGGCUGGAAAGUGGAACCCUUUGCAUGUAGCAAAGGAUGACCGAAGUGAUGUUGAAUCCAGUUCGGAUGAGGAUGAUUCAGUACCUCGUUCAACUAAUCCACACAACACUACCACCACAAAUGGGACCAGUGGUGCUAACGGGACAAAUGGAUAUCUUACUGGUAGCACUUGUUCAGAGGACCAUUAAUCCUUGAGCUAACUCAUGAAACAUGAACACAGUGAACUCUUUACUACUAGAAGUAAAUAAUAAGUUGUGAAUGCAGUUUCUUCAUAUAUCUCAGCAUCAGAAAAAAAAUUAGAAGUAUCAAAUCAUACUGAUAGUGCACUGCCAUAUUUCCUGUUUGUGAACAAAGAGACACACCAUUCUGUAUAUGUAGGCAUGCUAUACCUGUAUGUAAUUGACUCAAUGGGAGCAGUAUUUUUAUUUGUACUAUCUUAGAAUAUUAUUUAUUUUGAAUAUGUUUGGGGACUUAUGGACAAAAGGGAAUGUCCUUACUCUUUUGCUCUUUAGAUUCUCAGUAGUGGAGACCGACACGCUAAGAUCUCUUCGGUCCAUUCCUGUUGCCCAGUCUUCUAUAAGUAGUAGUCUGCUUGAUUUGUCACUUACAGUAAGCUAUAACAUGGCUUUACAGAUUCUAGCUCCGCUCCAGAGAGUUUUGCUAUCUUUGUGUUUUAAACUGCUAGUUUUGAAAUCAUCUCUGAAAUCACAGUGGCCAUUUCCCCAAUGUAAAGUUCUAAAAUGAUGGUUUAAUAUUUUAAAUAGUGUCUAAUGUGGUCAAUUAUCAAUUCAGACAAAUCUGUAGUUAUUGUAGGGUAUUACUUUAGCAUUGUUUUCAACUCAAUUGGUGGUUAAUUGCAUUAGAAUAGACUUGAUUACUUGUUCAAAUACACAAGAUACCUUUCUGUCAACAGCAAUGAUAAACUUGUACUUGAAGUUUAGUUCUGCUUUGCAAGUUUUAACUCUACAGACUUCAGUUACUUGCACAAAUUUCAUGCCAAGAGAUGAUCCAGUGUCAGAAGAGAGAGGUUUGCUGAUGUCCGCUGUUGUAAAUCCAGAAUUCAUUCUUGAAUUUGAGGAUUUGUUCCUUUGAGCUGGAAAGGAUGAGAGCAGUAGCACAAUGACAAAACAGCAGCUGAACGUUCAUUGCUUCGACUGACAGGAUUCAGUGGAGAUCUUGUUCUUAUCAUUCCAGAUUUUUUGUCAUUCAGAAGUGGGGAGACCGCAGAAUGUUCUGCACUACCAGACCCAGAGAAGUUUAUUCAUAGCAAACUUUUAGGGUGCUUCAUUAUUUUUUAUUGAACCUACAAAUAAAGCUGUAAAAUUUUGCUCUACUAUUCAACCUGAGAUUUAUGAGUAGGGGCAAACUGCUCCCAAAGGAGUCAGUGUGAGUAGAAAUAGACUGUUCCUUUUUUGAUAUGAUCAUCAGUUUGUGGAAAAUCCUUGGGUGAAGUAUUGCAAAGAGCACCUCUUUAGUCUUCUGUACUAUCAACGGCAGUGCCAGCAGUAGGAGUGUUUCUGGGGAACAGUCUCUAUGCAUCCUGCUUUUCAACAGUGUUGCGUAUGUGUGCACAGAAGAAAUGUACAUAUAGACCAAAGAAAUUUAGAAAGGAGUAGGAAGGAGUAAACCAGAAAAAGUUUUGUUU